AUGGAGCUUGAACAAAGUUUGCGAUCGCGUAACUCAGAGGUCCGAUCGUUCGUGAUGUUUCGCAACACAACCGAACGGGUGGUGGACGUGUUCUGGGUAAACUAUGCGUCCCAGCCAAUCCACUACACGACGCUCCUGCCCGGUGGUCAAUGUAUGGUGAACACGUACGUAACCCAUCCGUGGGUGUUCAAGGACCAGGAUGAGCGGAUGCACGUCCGCCAUCAGCCCGUCUUUCUGCCGGAACCCUGGUACACCAGCUUCACCAGCGCGGGUCGCCUAAACCGGAAGGAAGUUCUCAUCCACUUUCCGGUGCGCACGCUGAAGGAAAACUGUCUGUACCGGAUCCUGGCACUGCUGGCAACGAAAGAGGAAACUGCACUGUGGCAGCUGGAGCUACCGCACGUGCUUGUACAUGAGCUAGUGAAUAGGAAAAAUAAACUAGCAGUAAGCAAAUGA